AUGAUGGCGCGUAGAAGGGUUAUUCACGGGAUGGUAAAGGGCUGCGCACAUUUUCACACAGCCCACUGCGUAACAGAGGUCUUUGAAAAUCCGACUCUCAAGGUUGGAUUUCUGAUCGGAGCAAAUGGAGCCACGAACCCCGGUAAUGGUAAUGGUGUGGGCUUCUUGGUUGGGAAGGGGUGCUGCUUCCACCCAUUUGGAGAAGUAGUCGACUGUGACCAAGAUGUACCUGUUUCCCAGACGCGAUUACCGUACUGGGCCCAUAAUGUCGAUACUCACUCCUUGUUUGACAUAGCCCGAUGUAAUUGGUUGAAACGGGGCCGAAUAAAGCCAAAACCGUGUCUCUCUGCGAUCCAAUGGCAUGCUGGAAAGGAAGGCAGCCAACCAGAGGAGGACAUGGAUGAGGUGCAGUAUAUAAUGAGUGGCGUGGCCAGCGCGGGUAAACUCGGAUGGAAGGCGCCUGACGCGUGGCUCUGGCUUCUGAUUUGUCAAUAA